AUGUGGCGAGGCAGAAACAUUGGUGCACGCGUGGCCGUUGUGGAAGGCGAAGUGCAUGUCGAGAGGGUGGAGAAUCUCGAGCUUGUCAAGAACGGGGUACCGCCGCCGCCGUCACCGAUCAGUGACGACGGGAACCAGCAGCUGGGGUGGAACGUGAACCAGCUGGCUGCAGAUUUCAUCAGGAGGAGCAAGGAGAAGUUCCAAGGGGAAGAUGGGAGCAACGGUCAGGUCCAAAGGCCAUAA